AUGUGUGACACGUGUGAGAUGGCAUUAGAAAAGGUUCGCCGAGCGUCCAAAUUCGCGCAGGGUUCGUCUCGUGUGACCGUACCUAUUCGAUUGCAAAUUUUCGCUUCGGAUGGAGAACACAAAACCCAUCAUAGUAAUCCGAAAGAGCUGCAGUGUGGAAUCUGUUUAGGGGCGAACCUGACUCAGAAAGAAUUUGACGAUCACCUUUGCAUCACCUAUCGCGAAAACUACAUCUGCUGCAAUCGUGACUUCAAGUAUCAGUCCUUCUACAACAAACACAUGCUGCUGGCUCAUGGGGAGCACACGAACGUUCGCGUAAAACCCACCGACGGACUGCUGAUCGGGCAGUUUCGAGCGAUGCGCCGACAGGAGAUACGAUGUCCAAACUGUGCACAGGAGUUUCCUACACGGUAGCAAAAGAAUAAUCACGCGAAAACCUGCACUACGGCCGUUUACGAUGAACAGUACAUCGACGAGCAGACAAGUAAUGAUUUGUGACUGGAUGUAGUUUGUAGAAGCCAGGCAAUAACACAUUAUAAAUUUUACAAUUUUCAUUUCUUGAAAUGUUCCUGGUUCCCCCACUACCACUUUGCUGC